CUUCAUCUUCACUCAUUACAUUCAAUUAAUUCCUUGAUUACAUAUUACAGUUCAAAAUAUGGACCCACAGCAGUUGAAUUUCGAGGCUGGACAGGCUCAGGGCCAAGCCCAAGGCCAAGCCCAACAAGCCCAAGGCCAAGCCCAAGCCCAACAAGCCCAAGGCCAAGCCCAACAAGCCCAAGCCCAACAAGCCCAAGCUCAGGAAAAGACUAACAAUUUGAUGGACAUGGCUAGCAAUGCUGCUCAAUCUGCUAAGGAAACCAUGGCAGAGGCUGGUCAGCAGAUGAUGGCAACAGCACAAGGAGCAGCUGAAGCUGUGAAGAAUGCAACUGGCAUGAACAAAAAUUGAAUUGAUUAAGAGGGAUGCACGGAUCCUGAUCAUUCAGUUUCAUUUUGAUUUUGUUUUUCCUUUUUUGUAUUGCUCUUCUUCUUGUUCUGAGGGCAUUGUUCAAGAAAUUCUGUAGUUUAGUUUUUGUUUUGAGUGGUACUCCCAAAAGAGAACUCUAUGAUGUAGCUCUCAUCUCAUUAAUCAAUAAACUUUU